UUAUCGAACUGGACACGUCACUAGCAACGAAAAUUUAUCAACAAACGACGCCGCGCAAUAAUUCGAAACAAUUUUCAAAACAACUGAAUUUUAUUAUAAAAAAGAUCAAAGAGAAUUUAUUAAAAGAUGAGCAACAAGAGCACGCCAGUGCGUCAGCGCAUUCAGCAGUUCCAGACCCGCGGAAAGUCGACGCCGGCGUCAGACGCUAAAGGACUCAGGAAAAAGGUGCUGACGCGGACGCCGCGGCAAAGCGUAGAGCACCGCUCGGAUCAUCUCCUGAACACGGCCUUUACAGGCUCCACACCUAAUCUGCUGCCUAAGCAGAGGCCCACCGCCUUGAAUGCCUGCUAUACACCCUCGUCACUUUACAGAACUACAAACACAAACACUCCCAUCCGGUCUAAGACUCCGAGUGCCAAGUCCAAGGACACUGCACUCAUGGAGUCGUUUCACAGCGUAUCCGAGGAGAGCAACAUGAUUGUGGCGGUGCGCGUGCGCCCGCUGAAUGCCUUGGAGUGCACCCGUGGCCAGGUAACCAACGUCGUCCAGGUGAAUAGCAACAGCAAUGAGCUCACUGUUCAGGCCGGCAGCAGCGCCGACGCAUCGGCCGGUGUGACUCACUUCUUCAGCUAUGAUCAGGUUUACUACUCCUGCGACCCCGAGAGCAGAAACUUUGCCUGCCAGGCCAAAGUAUUCGAUGGAACUGCACGUCCGCUAAUCGACACAGCCUUCGAGGGCUACAACGCUUGCCUGUUCGCCUACGGGCAGACUGGCUCCGGAAAAUCCUACAGCAUGAUGGGCAUCGAGGCUCUAGAUGACGCAGCCCUGGACGGUGGACCUCCACACGACGAGGCAGGCAUUAUUCCGCGCUUUUGCCACGAGCUGUUUCGGAGGAUUGAGGCCGUCAAGGCUCAGCAGCAGUUGCAGGUGGAGGUUGAGGUCAGCUACUUUGAAAUAUACAACGAAAAAAUCCACGACCUCUUGAGUGUCCAACAUGCAGCUGCCGGUACCACGGAGUCCACGCCCGUGCAGCAACAGCAGCGGCCAGCUCUAAAGGUUCGGGAGCAUCCCAUCUUUGGGCCCUAUGUGGUGGAUCUAAGUGCCCACUCCGUGGACUCGUACUCGGCGCUCCGCAACUGGCUGGCCGUGGGAAACUCCCAACGGGCCACAGCCUCCACUGCCAUGAACGACAAGAGCUCGCGCUCGCACUCCAUCUUCAAUAUUGUUUUGAACCUAACCGACCUAACCAGCGAUGAUGGACUGUCUUCUGAUACGGAUUCCACCACAGUAUCCUCCUUACGGCAAACACGACGCAGCAAAAUCAGCUUAGUGGAUCUGGCAGGAAGCGAGCGGAUCAGUGUCUCUGGUUCGAACGGGGAGCGUAUCCGGGAGGGUGUCAGCAUCAACAAGAGCCUUCUCACCCUGGGCAAGGUGAUUGCCGCCCUGGCAGACGCCCGCAAGGCUAGUGGCCCGUUGGGAUCUGGAACCCCCAGCACCUUUGUACCCUACCGAGAGAGUGUCCUAACCUGGCUAUUGAGGGAAAAUUUGGGUGGAAACUCCAAGACGGUAAUGCUGGCCACCAUCUCCCCGGCCAGCCUCCAUGCGGACGAGACCCUGGCCACGCUCCGGUAUGCCUGCAAGGCUCGGUCCAUCGUCAACCGGGUAAAGGUGAAUGAGUCCCCCCACGACAAGAUCAUCCGGGACCUGCGCGCCGAAGUGGAUCGCUUGAAGUCAUUGAGGAACGAGUACGAGAGGCAACGCCGUCUCUCCGGCAACAACAAUAACCCAGUGCCGCGGAAGAUUAUCAUUGAGACGUCUGUGGAUGAAACGGAGGUGGAGGGACUGCGUCAGCAGCUGGCCGAGAGGGAGCGGGAGCUGAGCAGGGCCCAAAAAUCCUGGAUGGAGAAGCUCAAAGAGGCGGAGGAUCAACGCAAGUCCGAGAUGCGUCUAUUAAAACGGCGGGGAUUAGCUUUGGAGUUGACUUCGGAACAGAAGCAGGCUUGUCUGGUUAAUCUCACGGCGGAUCCCAUACUGAGCGGUACUCUGUUCUACCUCCUGCCGCCGGGGCUCGUGCGGAUCGGUCGGGGACGUUUGCCCGGAAGCUCGAGUUCCCAACCAGACAUUGUGCUGGAUGGUCCACUAGUGGCUCUGCAGCACUGCAGCAUCGAGCACGAGCGUGGUGGAAAACUUUACGUUAUCCCCGGCAGUGAGGACUUCGAGACCUAUGUGAACGGUGAACUUCUUCAGGACCGACGCCAGUUGUUCCACGGCGACCGGCUAGUCAUAGGCGGCUCCCACUACUUCCGGAUCUCCAAUCCGUUUUGCACGCAACGGGGGAAGGCCGAUCAGCUGGUGGACUUCCAGUUGGCCCACCAGGAGGUUCUGCAGAAGCAGGAGCAGCAGCUGCGAUCCGAACUCGAAGCGGAGAAGAGGGCUGCAUUGACACGCAUCGAGCAGGAGCGAGCCCAGCAUGCUAAAGAUUUUGAGGAAAGGCUGCAGUGCCUCGAACUAGAGCAGUUCAAGUACAAGUGCAACAGCGAAAUGCUCGAAACGGAGCGCCAGGCCUUGGCCUUGGCACAGCAGGAGCACCAGACUCCGCUAAAAGAGGCUGCCGAGGCAUCGACGCCAGCCCAAAAGUCCACUCUUCUGGAGGACAUUCAGCGCAUUAUGCUGAAUCCAUCGGAGGAGAGCCUCCACAAGACCCAACUGAUGGUCAAGGAGGCCACCCAACGCUGUCGCCAGCUAGGUCUGCAGUUGGAGUUCCGCCAAACCCAGACGCCCGACGAGUUUGGGCUGUUGCGCACGGUGAUCCUGAUUGUGGACAAGCAGCAAGGUCUGAAGGCCGAGUGGCCAACUGCCCGUCUAGGCGUUUGGUUAGACAUGGUCAGGGAUAGUGCCGAGCAGCAGGAGAAGCUCAAUGCCAGGACAAUUUUCCAAAGCGUUGAAGUUGAUUGGGAACCCCUGGAUGCAGAUCUAAACGAGACACUGAGUGAGACCCACAACUCUAGUCGAAUCGCGUUGAACCUGAGCGCCAUGAAGGAGGUUCUUCUCAACAAGCCCCUGAAAAGGCUCCUAAACGUAUCCACCACCAGCAGCAGCAAUACACCGAGGCAGACUUCGACGCCAUCGAGCAAGACACCGGUCAGUCCCUCUCCCAGCAGCAAGCUGGUGCAAUACACGAAGCGGCUGCUGACCUAUGAUCCUGAAGAGACUCCCGGCUCUAGCACCAAUUUCAACAACCUAGUCCAGCAGGAGCUCCAGAUGAUGCAGCGCGCUUCCCAGCGACUGCAGCGUCACUGUGAAAGUGCGCUGGCGGAACGGGAGAACUUGCAGGAUAGCGGUGUUCUGGCCAUUAGCCUGCAGGAGGCUCUUUCCCGGCUGGACAGCGUGCUCCAUGGCAUGCGCAGUUCUCUGGCUCGGGCGGAGGCGGCUGCCGGUGCCACCUCCCCUUCAAAAACACAGAAGGCUGUGCGCUUUCUUAUCGACUGACAACAAUUAGUUCGAACCUUGGACUAUAUUUGAUGCUGCAAUGUGCUUAUGUUUGUUUUUUUAUGUUUUUAAAUAUAUGUAUAUUUUUAUAUUGGUUUGUGAAAAUACAAUAUUAAUAGCACCAAGUGGAAA